AUGAUUAUUGCUCAGUACGAUGGUCCAAAAGACUCUGAUCGCGUACCUCCGGCGCUUGUCGGCAAUAUGCGCAAUUUGGAGGGCCUCGGUCUGAGCCUUUGGCAAGGUGUUCACGGUACAAAGAAUACAAACCCUUUGCCUCAACGAGGCGGGAAGUUUAACUCACUCGGUCGCGAAGUUAAUAUUGGUCUAAACACCUUUGAUGUGACAUCUCUGCCAAUUAAACCAGCCCAACAGUACGAUGUCACAAUAGUCAGUGACAAGGGCGUACCAUCUCGAGCUGUGCAGAUGAAAGUCUGGAAGAGCAAUACCCUUAGAAAUGCUCUAGGUCAAGGUUCUUGGUUGUAUGACGGCAACAAACUUGCUUGGGCCACUAUUCGGGUCAAAACUCUUACUCUCUCAGUAGAUCUAGGUGCUGAAGAGGGCAGCAAGCCCAAUCCUAAAAACAUUUUUCAUGUCCGUGUAGCUCCCACAAAACAGGUCUCUUUUACGACACUUCAAUCAUUUCUUGAUGGCAGAGCCUCCUUUGAUAUCUCGAUCUUGGAAACUUUGUCCUUCCUUGAUCAUCUUCUUCGCGAGGCUCCGUCGCAAAAGUUUACUCAGAUCAAGCAGAACUUCUUUGCUCGCGGCGGUGAGCGCUUUGCUCUCGGAUGCGGUGUUGAAGCUUAUAAGGGUGUCUUCGCCUCAGUGCGUAUGACUUUGAACGCGCAGCGAAAACCUGGACUAUCCGUCAAUGUCGAUGUGGCUAACGGUACCUUCUUUAUGCAAAUGGACCUAAUCGACUGUGCCACCCAAGUUUGCCGUGCCCGCAACGUUGACGACUUCAGGAGCAUGUUUGAAAAAUCACGCGGUAAUUGGCACAAGUCAAAUAUGUACAAAUUCCUCAAGUCCUUCACACACGUUAGUGUUCUUAAGAAAUACGAUGUCCAAGGAAGAAAAGAGGUUAAAGUCUACAAGUUCCUCCCUAAAGAUCCGUAUGAGGCCCAAUUCAAAAAGGAAGAACGCGACAACCAGGGCAACGUUAUCGCAUCUAGGACAGUCUCCAUUGCUGAAUAUUUCAAGCAAAAAUACAACUUGAGUUGCAAACGUGGUCUGCCCGUUGUUGAGCUCAGUCGCAAGGGUGAGAUGGUUCCAAUCGAGGGGUUGACAUUGGUACCGAAUCAGCGCUAUCGCACCAAGUUGGACGAGAGACAAACGUCCAAUAUGAUCAAAUUCGCAGUCACAGCCCCGAAUGAUCGCUGGGCAGCCGUUGAGCAUGGUCUUCGGAUGCUAGAUUGGGGCAACGAUCCGUACCUUCGCGCGUAUGGCAUGAGGAUUUCAGCCACACCAACUCAGGUCAGGGGUCGCAUCUUGACAACGCCAGAGCCGACGUUCAGCGGCAGCAAAGUUGACGCUAGGUCAGCUGCUCAAGGUCGUUGGCGCAUCGAUGGGAAAAAAUUCUACCUGCCAAAUUCCCGCCCUUUGAAGAAUUGGGGCUUCUGCGUCGUAGACGUUGGACGGGGCCCAUGCAUCAGCCAGCAGCAGGCAAAAGCUUUUGCUGAUCGCUUCAAACAAAUUGCUCUCGCUCACGGCAUGAACGUAGGUGGUCCACCCCAUCUAGUGGUUGUCAAAGCUGUGCGUGGGGGCGAAAUGAUUUCUGAUGCUUGGAACGGAACGGGCAAUAACUUUCAAGCGAAACCAAAUAUCCUUUUCUUUGUCGUGCCGACCAAGGAUACUGACUUGUACCGUCGCAUCAAGAAGUCUUGCGAGUGUCGUUACGGCGUGGUCUCCCAAGUCCUUCAGUCCGCUCAUGUCGAGAGAUGUCAAGAUCAAUACAUUUCCAACGUUUGCAUGAAGGUCAACGCUAAGCUAGGUGGUGGUACUUGCAUUGCCUCCGGAAUGCUCACCCGCAUGAACCCUAAAUGGGCAAAGGUGCCCACUAUGAUAAUCGGAGCUGAUGUCUCUCACGCUUCUCCUGGCGAUGACUCUUCUGGUUCCAAGGCUGCCUUCACGAUAUCUCUUGACAAGCACUUCGUUCGCUUUGCCGCUGAAUGUGAAACCAAUGGCAGUCGCGUUGAGAUAAUUUCGACGCACAUUAUUGAGUCUAAGCUCAAGGCGAUGGUUCAGGCUUGGGCCAAGUCAUAUGGCGGUCACACCCCCCAUCAGGUCAUAUAUUUUCGCGACGGCGUUAGCGAAGGCCAGUUCCAAUUCGUGCUUAACCAGGAAGUUGCCGACAUGAAAGCCAUGUUUCUCUCGAUCAAUCCAAAAAUUGAGCCCAAGUUCACAGUUAUCGUCUGUGGGAAACGUCAUCACGUUCGUUUCUUUCCUGGUAAGAGUGGUGAUCGCAACGGAAACCCAAUACCUGGCACUUUGGUCGAGAGUGGAGUCACUCAUCCAUUUGAAAUCGACUUUUAUCUUGCCUCGCACGCCGCCAUCAAGGGGACAGCUCGACCAGUGCACUACAAUGUCAUUGCGAAUGAGAACAAUUAUGAAAUACCGUUCAUCGAGCAGCUCACCUUUGAACACUGCCUGCAGUACGUUCGCUCGACGACCCCAGUCUCAAUGGUUCCUGCAGUGUACUAUGCGCAUCUCGCGUCUAACAGAGCUACGGCUCACAAAAAUGAGGCUACCAUAUCUUCCGGGAAGAAGGAGGCCUACGAGAAGGCAAAAAAGGAUGUCAAAUCUUCAAGCUCAUCAGACCAGACUGCCUUUGAGAUUCCUCCAUUGAUUCCUUUGAACAAUGCACAGGGGAUUGCCAGUACGAUGUGGUACAUCUAAGCACACGAAUGUAGUUCUCUCACAGAAUGCUUUAUUGACCUUACGAUUAACAAGAUUCCCACCUAUUCAUGACAUCACGGAUAUAAUACCCAACUAAAACUGCACUGCUGACUUUUUUUCCACACUUGGUUCGAGAGAAUAACUGGAACCCUUGCUAGACAGAAUAGGGCUUUUUUAAUGACUGCCUAGUCUCUCAAAAUCUGCCAACUUUUCUGACAUGCAAAACUGGUUUUUUCCUUGCAAAAUUGGGCUGACUUUAACGUCACUCAUCUGAGGGACACGUCAACUAACUAAAAUUCUUCGAUGAGAAUCCAAAUUGACAGGUAGCUAGUUUCCUUAGCUAAUUAUACAUUCUACUUGAAUUUCUGUAAAA